UGAAGGAAAAGAAGAACUCGGACAUUCACAGUGUGGACGUGAAGACUGAAGGAGUGUGUUUUUAAUCUAGAGACAAACUCAGAGAAUCACGUAAAGACAGUCGUGGACACGUUUGACUGAAGCUGAGAGGACAAAGUUGUUGUUUUUUGUUGCUGCUUCUGUUGGUUUUUCCUGCGGAGAAUGAGCAGAGGAAGCGAAUCCAGUAAAGGAGUUGGGGACUAUGUAGGAAUUCCCGACUGAAGUCAUGGGUUCGGAGGCGAUGGAGGAUUGCGUGCAGGGGGCGCUCUCGUCACUGUAUCCUCCUUUCGAGAGCACAGCACCACCCCUUCUCUCCCAGGUCUUCUCAGUCCUGGAGUCGACCUAUCAACACGACAGUCUCCGCUACCUACUGGACUACUUUGUUCCCGCCAAGCAUCUCCUGCACAAACUGCAGCAGCACGCUUGCUCUCAGUACCUGGGUUGCUUGUUCCUUCACUCCGGCUGGCCUCUGUGUCUGGGAGAGAAAGUGGUCGUCCAGCUCUCCACGUUAGACUGGAGGCUCCUGCGCAGCAACGACUUCUACCUGCAGGUGGUGCCCUUCUCCACGCGCUGCCCCCGGCUGGCACUGAAAUGUCUGGCCCCCGGGGGGCGCACUGUCCAGGAGGUCUUGGUGCCCGAGUCACAGCAUCCCCUUGUGUUCACCACUGAGUGGCUGCACAGCAUCAACAAAGAGCGAGGCCACAAGAGAGAAGUUGGAGGAGGACUUGACACCUGUCUGGUCAGCACAUGUGAUGGUGUGGUUCGACUUCCAUGGAAGGAGGUUGUCUACCCCAAAUUCAUUCAUGACCCCUCUGAAGAGCUGGGCCUGAUGUCCAACUGUGACGGCUCCUUAUCCAGCCGCUUGCCCAGUGAUGGAGGCAGCAGUCUCGGAGGUUGGGGAGGCUCAUCUUCUGGAGAACUGGACUCCUGGUCCUGGGACGAGGAGGAAGAUGAUUUACCACCAGAUGGUCUGGAUUCUGAGUCCGCACUUACUCGGCGAAGGCGCAGUGAAGAUGGGCUUGGACGGACAGGGAGGCACCCUCAGCUUGACGGGGACUAUGUGGAGCUGUUGGAGCCCAGAGGAGGUCCUGAUGGAGGGGUUGACCCAAGGCAAAGGUACCUGGAGAUGCAUGGGAUCUCAAAGACCAAGACGUUGCCUCUGUGCAGGAGAAGUAAAGCCAUCAAACUUCGAAAGGGGAAAGCUUGGGGAUAUGGAAGAGUGGAAAGGUCAGGAAGCUUUCGCGCUGUCCUUGGUGCUAAAGGAGACUCUCUGACCCGUAAGGGUGGCCGAUUACCACCUCCACCUCCACCUCCACCAGGAGCUGCUGAAGCUGGCAGAGGGAGGCGGUCUUAUUCCUCAUCUGUCCAUGACUCAGACGAAGGAGAUAAAACCAGGAGGGACUCUGAGGGCUUAGAGAGUGGACAGCUUUAUUUCGAUGGCCCAUUCAAAGAGAGGAGGCCCGGGGUGGGCAGGGAGCGAGACAGCACUGGUCUUACACUGCCAUGCAGAGACAAUCACAGGAGUAAAGACUCGGAAAGUGGCAAGAGUUUGGACACAAAUGAAAUCCAAGUGUUGAGGAACCACAAAGUUGGGCAUGUUAUAGAGGGCCACUCGGAUCACGGAUCUCAAUCAGACUCAGUUUUUGAGGACACUGAUAAACCAGUGAGUGGGGACAGUGGCGCUACCACUCCAACAUCAGAUGCACCAGAGAGACCUUUCACUGGAGCUUCAGGAAGUGGAGAGGUUCCUAACAGUGGGUCUAAAGUGAGGAGUUUGUCAAACUCGACGGUGACAGAAGAAAAGGAUGAAGGAAAGACAGAGGACAGAAUGUGUCCCAGAGGAAAGGAGGUUAAAACUGCAGGAUUCAGAGCACCCAGGAGGAAAAGGAGGGGAAAGGGGGCCAAAGGGAGGGCCAGGUCCGGUGGUCGUGCUCAUCAGAAGGGCUUGAAGACACAGGGCAAAGCCCCUCAGUCAGGUCCUGCCAAUCACUCUACUUCAACAAAGCUGCCAAUCAAAGCAGAGAUCCAGUUGGAACAAACAGAGCAGGCGGAUGAAGCGGAUGGAGCGUCCACUACAGCUGAAGCUGAGAACACAAAGAAAAGCAGUGCAGCAGAGACAGAAGCUGAAUCGUUGCCUGUCUGCAACGGACAAUCAGGCACAUCCUUAUUUAACCACUCAAACGAAGAGCCAGCAUCAGUGGAGACGGGUCCCGACCAAAUGAACGGCAUCACAACCAAAGAGCCUCCACUGCUCAGGGAACUGGACACGGAACUUCUCCAAUCAGGGAAGCUGAAGUUGACAGGUACUGUGGACAGAUUGGGACGUGCUCUGGUCAUCACGGAGAUGGAUGUGUCAGAGGAGGAUCUCUGUGAGGAGGAGAUGGCCCGGGUCCUGGCCUGUUACCACAGAAUCACUCGGCCUGCAGCCAAAGAAAAAGGUCUCACAGUGCUAAUGGACAGCAGACGCUCCUCACCGUCCACCCGCUGCCUCUCUGCGCUAAAAACAUUCCAGUCGCUGGUUCCUGAUGGUCUGGGAUCCGUUCUUGUUUUGGUGGAGGAACAACAGCAGCAGGAGUCGUCCCUUUCUCACAGUGUGGAGGGAGCAGAGAUCCACACGGUGCAGGGAACAGCGGUCCUCCAGCAGUACGUCGACAAACAACAGCUGCCCGCAGAGAUGGACGGAGACUUCGCCCACUGCCACUCAGACUGGCUGGCCUUCAGACUAAGCCUGGAGAGCCUCACAGAGCGCUGUGAGAGCGCCCUCACUCUGCUGGACGAGGCACUGCAGUCCAUGGAAACGGAGCCAAUGCCAGACAACAUCAAGGCCGUUCCUCUGAGCAUCGGCAAACACAGACAGCUCAUGGUGAGCGUCCUCGCCGACCAGCGCCUAACGGAGCUGCAGCAAAGGGGCGGAGCUUGGCUCGCAGGGUUGACCAACAGUUCAUCGGGACUGGCACAAAAAUCGCCAGACUGCAGGGCUGCGCUCGGCGCCACCGCCAAACUCUACGACAGCGUGGACGACGCCCUCCACAGGCUCGUUCGGGUGUCCAACCAGAGAGGUCGCGACCUGGAGGCCCUCGGGAGAUUAGCGGGGCUGGUGGACAAACUGGAAAAGUGCGAUAAGGAGAUUGAGCAAGUCCAGUCCCAGCUGGAGCAUUACAAAGACCCUCCUCUGUCGCUCAGCAGACUCUCGCUCAAACAGCAGAAGUUUAAGACGUUCAGAGAAACGGCCAACGACCUGCACAGCGAGACGCUGUCCGUGCUCAGCGAUCUGGAAGGCUGGUGCGAGCUGGACUGGGCCGGGCUCAGCGACGUCCAGAUACGGCUUCCUCCGGUCAGGGAGAAGCUGAGAGACAUGUCCCAUUGUCUCUCCGACUGCUGGACCACGCUGGACAACACGCAGAGGCUGCUGUCCACACUGACUGAGGCGACUCAGUGGUGUGACGCGGUCUUCUCCACCUCCUCCUCUCCGUCCUCAGCUCCUACCACCUGCCCUCUGGCCUCCUUACCUCCCAUCCCUCCGUCACGCUUCCAGGACGCCCGCUCUCUCGCGAUCGAGCUCGGCGGCGGCGCGCUGCUGGACCUCUGGACGCAGACGGUGGAGCGGUACCAGAGAACCGUAGCUCAGGUCAAACCCCGCUUCCUGCAGCCCGACCGGAACCAGAACCAGAACCAGGGGAGGUCCAAGACGCCGUCGGCCAGCAGCCUGUGGGACCUGAUGGGCCCCGAGGGAGAGGGUGACUGGGGACUGGGGGCCGGAGGCAGCGAGGGUGGCAUGCAGACGUGGGGGUCCCUGGCCUCGCUGUUCAGGCCGCAGACCUGCUCCACGCUGAAGAUCGGAGAGGAUAAGGGGAGCAAGAGUAACGGAGCAGGGGGAGGAAGUGGAGGAGGAGCAGCAGCAGGAGCUGGAGGAGGGAAGUUCCUGCAGAACCUGCUGAAUCCUGGAAAGAAGAGUCCCACAGAGGCUCCGCCCCCUGCCAAGCCUCCCAGAAAGCGUCACCCGAGCUUCGACCUCCAGGCCCUGCUGGCGCCGCGCAGAGGCACGGCCACGCCCAAACCCGAGUCCCCGGUGGGCGGGGCCAGCCGUAACUCUCCCAUGUCGUGGCUGGGGAGGCGGGCGUUUGCCGACCCAGUGGUCGCGACCGGCAUGGCGGCGGCUGUUCCUGGAUGGGCCAGUGGAGGUGGCGGCAGCGGUGGGGGAGGAGGAGUGUUGAUUCGAGGAGUGGAGGUCAGCAGCAAGGAGGUGGUGGAUCACACGGGGUCGCCGCGGCAACACGUGCUGCUGGGGAGGACGGAGAGGGAGACGGGCACGGACAGAGCCGGCACGACUCCCCAAAGUAAGUUGUACCUGCUGUGGUGCAGGAUGCUCAGCUCAGAGCGUCAGUACGUGGCCGUGCUCAAAGGCGUGGAGGAGACGUACCUCCCCCUGCUGGAGCUCUCCGACACUCCGGCCUCCAUCAGGGCCAGAGCGGACUCGCUCUUCCCCAUCUGGGCCGGCCUGAGCUCCUUCCACUCGCAGAACCUCCUCCCGGCCAUGGAGGGCGCUCUCGUGCAGAGCCUGCUGCAGCAGGACUGCUUCAGUAAAUAUAGGGAGCAGUUUCUACAAUAUUCCCACUACAUCAGGACUAAACCAGAACUGGACUCUGCACUGGUCACUCAGGCUGCAGAAUUCUUUAAGUCCAAACUCCCGGCCUCCUCCCCGCUCUCCCCUCUCGCCUUCCCUCACUGUCUCCACGCUCCCACUCAGCGGCUCGAGCAGUACUGUGAGGCUCUGGAGGAGCUGGGGGGGAUAAACCCCGCCUCGGACUCCGCCCUCUCCAUCCUGAGACACGCCCAGCGGCACGGCGAGGACCUCAGGGCCAGCGACCUCAUCACAGGAUGUCCGAUCCCUGUGGCGGAGCGCGGGGAGCUGGUGCGGCAGGGCGAGCUGAUGGUGUGCGGCGGCGCUCGGCGGAAGCGGGCCGGCGCGAGGAACGUUUUCCUCUACCAGCAUGUCGUCAUCUUCACCAAGCAGAAGAGCCCCGGGCCGGGACGCGUCGCCUACAGCUACAAACACAGCAUCAAAACGGGUGAAAUGGGUCUGACUCAGAGCGUCGGCGAGGACGGGCUAAAGUUUGAAGUGUGGGUGCGUCAGGCUCCUCGCACCAAAGACUGCGUCACGCUGCAAGCGCGCAACCGGGAAGACAAGGACGCGUGGACUCACGACGUCGCACACCUGCUGUGGACGCACGCCAUCAACAACACAGAAUUGUGCCUGAAGGAGUCUCUCUGCAUGGGCAUCUCCAGUAAACUGCUGCUGGACGCAACGGGGAGUCCAGGCUCAGAGCUGGACUCCAUCUACAGCCUCAAUGACAGAGUCCACAGUAGCUGCUCAGACUCCUCCUCUGUGGGCAGUCAGAAGGAGGGGGGAUCCCCGGCGUCUGGGAGGGACCUCAGGAGAAGCUCCGGCUCAGCGAGCUUCUCACAGAGUCAGUCUCCCUCCACCGCCGUGUAAAUGUCGUCACGACAAAAAAAAAAACUGGACCUUCUGAUGAUUCAAACAUCUCUAUUUCACCUGUGGCCGAGCCAAACUGGACUUCAGGGAGCAAGAGGACUCUGGGACUUUUAUUUGAACUUCUCCCACAUUACUUGCUCUCCUCCUUCUUCUCUCUCUCUCUCUCUCCCCCCCCCCCCCACCCCACCCCCCACCCCCACCUCUUGAAACAAACAGCAGAUUAGUGGGAGCACUGCUCCGGCUUUUUAACCCUGCCCGGCUCUGAUAUGAAAGAAAACGCCGCGUCCAAAGAGGAUAAAUAAAAAAAAGUAGCCCCCCGUUCAACGGCAUGACAAGCACCAGCAGGGCUCUCUGCACUCCGCCAUUUUGGAUCUGCCAGUCUCAGUUUCUGGCAGAGUCAUUGACACCAGAGGCACUUGAGCCACACAGAGCUGCCAUUGUCUGCCUCGCGGCUUCCCACUAGGCCAAACCACUUGGUCUGAACCACUGACUGCACGGGGCCGGGCCGAGUCAACGCAUCACAUGCACCAGCGUCUGAUAAUAAACAGGAAGUAAUAUGUAGGCCGUAAAUCCAUCGCAGGAUUGCAGAUUUAGAAUGUAUUAUGUACUUUGUCAUUUUCACAUCGCCGAGCGGCAUGACUGGAGAUUUGUUUUCCUGCCUCUGUGUGUGUGUG